AUGAUUCUCGGAAGCAGCACAGUGAUCGUUGUCCUCUUUUUUCUCUUCCAUAUUAGCGCACUCGGCGCGUCGGUAUCCUCUCGCGGGCAUGCUGCACACGCCAAAAGAGACGAUGACCUGCCUGCCCGUGUCCCAUACAUUUUCCCACCACCAGGAACAGACCCAAUCGCAGACCACAUUCGGUCCAGGCGGGUGAAUGGGACUCUACUAGACCUGGAUGGAGUUUUACUCAACGCGCGUCUGGUCGCAUCUGGUUGGGAUGACUUGUUCGGAAUCAUUCGAGACAAUAAUACGUUGCCACCAACCAUGAGAGAGUUGUUUAUUCUCAGGAUUGCCGUUCUCAAUGAGGCCUCGUACGAGUGGAUUCAGCAUGAGCCUGUGGGACGCUCCGCUGGUCUCAGUACUGAUCAUCUUCGUGUGAUUCGUUUUACGCCGCCUUUUUCCAGCGAAAAGGACGUCAGGAAUGUAUUGGGAGAACAGUUGGCUGCUGCGAUGCUCUUUGCAGACUGGAUAACGAAGGCCGUUCGCGUGCCCGACGACGUAUUUAACGGUCUUCGCAAAUUUCUGAACGAUCAACAGAUGGUAGAGGCUACCGCGACCACCGGUGGGUAUAACCUCGUGAGCAGAUUUGUCGUUGCACUGAACGUGGAUGACAAAAUGGAUGUCCCUGUUCCCAUUCCUACCUAA